CCCGUUUUAUAUAAUAGGAGAUAAAGUAAUACAUAAAGUUUCGAUUUAACAUCAGUUCAGUCCGAGGCAUUCGUGCCAACGACUGUUUUUAGGUAUUUACGUACAUGGAUUUUUCUGAAAUAUUUAAAGAUGUAUUUAGCUCACGCGUUUGUUCUUCUGAUUGGAAUAUGGUUGUGUGAUGCAGGCUACGGUUUGUCUGAACAAGAUGCCCUUUCCGACGUAGCAGCCCCUGCGUACGUUCCAGCCUACGCGAAAAACAAACAAUUUGGCACAAAAACCGGAUAUGGUACAAGGACUGGUUACGGUACCAAAACUGCUUAUGGUACAAAAACGGGUUAUGGUACAAAAACUGGUUACGGUACAAAAACUGGUUAUGGUACAAAGACUGGUUAUGGCACAAAAACCGGAUAUUCAGGAUAUUCAGAGUCUAGGACUUGGAACUCGGAAUCUGGAUCAGCCCCUACGUACCAGGAGUUGCAACACAAUGCCAACCAGAUAUUUGCAGGUCCGAAAUGCGAACCCACCUGCAAGAACAACGGCAUCUGCAUCGACACCAACACCUGCCACUGCCCGGCCAACUUCAAGGGCAAAUGGUGCGAGUUCGAGAAGAAACCCUGUCUGACGUAUCCACCUCUACCCAUGAAUUCCAUGAGGAAGUGCAAUGACGAACUCUGCACGAUAACCUGCGCCGAAGGCCACAAAUUCAUUGACGGGACAACAGUAGCGAAUAUGCGUUGUGUGGACGGCCAAUGGCAACCAACUCGAGCAGAUUUCUCGUCCAUACCUGAUUGCGAGCCGGAGUGCAACCCGCCCUGCCUUAAUGGUGGCGUGUGUCUGUCUGUCAAUACUUGUCAGUGUCCGCAGGAGUACAGGGGGCCGCAGUGUCAGUACUCAACAUCGGUCUGCGAUUUCCGCAAGCUAGCUUUCAACGGCAACUACAAAUGCAAAGGCAACGACGAAGAGUUCUCCUGCCGCCUCAGCUGCCCUGCUGGUGCUGUCGCUUCUUCCACUUUUGCUGACCAGUAUACGUGUCAAUAUUCUACGGGAGUAUACUCGCCUCAACCGAUCCCGCAUUGCGUCUUUAACGAUGUCGUCGUUGUAACACCCAGCAACUACCAUUCGGGGUACAGCAGUAGCUACUACGAAACUUACUACCACAAUGGCAGUGAAAGUCAAAGCCUUAGCCAAAGCCACAGCCAAGCCGGCUACGGUUACGGCAAGCACGGUGGCUACCAGACCAGCCAUGGUUCAGAGACCGUGGAAUACGGCAAGCAGGGAGGCGGCACUAAGGGCACAAAUGUGCAUAUCGUCGUGCAGGACUUUACACCGAAGGGCGGUACUUGCUUGACAUGGGCUGGGGUGCAUUAUAAGACUUUCGAUGGGAAGAUUUAUAGUUUCGCGUCCCCAUGCCAACACAUCCUAGUACAAGACGCGAAAGAACAUGAAUUCACCGUAGCAGUGAAGCAAGGAACUUGUCAGAGGAAAGACUACUGUCCGUUAGAACUGACUAUCUACUUGGAAGAGAAACCCUAUGUCUUGUCCGCUGGAGAAGAAGAAGGCACUGUGGUGUUCCGUAGUACGCGCCGGUUGAUUCCGAUCCCCGCCUCGCUGCCGGGCAUCCGCGUGUCCAUGCCGGGCGACUACGUCAUUGUGAACUUAGAUGCCGUCGGCGUUGCCAUCAAAUGGGACACCAACAACGUAGUAGUCGUAGAAGGCUCUGUGCUCCUAUGGAACAACACUCAGGGUCUCUGCGGCCGACUAGACGGCAAUCCAGAGAACGACUUCACCACCAAAGAGGGCACCAUCGCGAAAACUAAAUCAGUUCUAGCUUCAUCUUGGCAAAUAAAGAAAAUCGGAGAUAUAUGCGACAGCUCGCCCUCGGAGCCAGACGCGUGCGCAACCAAGACUCAAGAGGAAUUACGUAAAGCUCAGCUGUUCUGCACAAACGUGUUCGUCAAGGAAAAGUUUAGGAAAUGCUCUAGCGUAAUGGACGUCACUCAAUUACUUGAAACAUGCGUGUGGGACUACUGCGCCUGCACGUCCGGGUUGAGCCCGGAGGAGUGUGCUUGCAACACAGUGUCCGUGUACGCGAAGGAGUGCCAGCGAUUGGGUGUCAAGGAGAUGAAGGAUUGGAGGGAUGCUGAGACAUGCCCAAUGAAAUGCCCGGAAGGCAAGAUCUACAAAUCAUGCGGCCCCGACGUCCAGCCCAGCUGUCAGUUCCCCAACCCCUCCCCACCCGACGCUAACACCUGCGUGGAGGGCUGCUUCUGUCCUGAAGGUUUAUUCUUAGAAGCUGGAAAGUGUGUGCCUAAAGAACAGUGCCCUUGUCGGCUGAGGAAUAAGAGCUUCAAGCCUGGGAAGACAGUGAAAAAGGAUUGUAAUACUUGCACAUGCCAAGCCGGCGAAUGGACCUGUACAGCUGUACCAUGCGGUGCCCGCUGCGGCGCCGUUGGCGAUCCUCACUACACCACCUUUGAUGGACUACGUUAUGACUUUAUGGGGCACUGUACUUAUACGCUGCUGCAGGCCGAAAAUGUGACGGUCGAAGUAGAGAAUGUGGCGUGUGCUGGCAGCAUUAGCGAGGAAAUGAACCUAACGCCUUUCAAAGGUGAAGGCAAGCCGUCCUGCACAAAAGCAGUCAACCUCAAGUACCACGGACUGGAUCUGCAUCUGAAGCAAGGAGGCUUGGUGCUGGUCAACGGGAAGGAAGUGGCGACUUUACCUGUGCACGUUGGAGAUGUGUUGAUUAGGGCCGCUUCGUCACUUUUCCUUAUUGUGCAACUUCCUAACGGAAUAGAUCUGUGGUGGGAUGGCAACACCAGAGUUUUUGUCGACGUGCCACCAACGUUCCACGACAAAACUAAGGGUCUCUGCGGCACCUUCAACCUCAACCAAAAAGACGACUUCCUUACUCCAGAGGGCGACGUUGAACAAACGGCUCUCGCGUUCGCAAACAAAUGGAAGACCAGAGAACUUUGUACAGAUGUAGACGUGAAAGAGCCGGAGCAUCCGUGCAAGACUAAUGUCCAGAAUAAGGAGAGUGCUGAGAAGUAUUGUAGCAAGUUGAAGAGCAAGUUGUUUGAACCUUGCCACUGGCACAUCUCAGUGGACCCGUACUACGAUGAAUGCGUGUACGAUAUGUGUGCGUGCGCCGGCGACGCGUCCAAGUGUCUUUGCCCCAUCCUCGGCGAUUAUGCUAUGGCGUGCGCCAAGAGCGGAGUGGAGAUACAGUGGAGAUACAACGUCAAAGAAUGUGAACUGUCGUGUACUGGCGGACAAGAAUAUACCGUGUGUGCUGACAGCUGUCAACGGACAUGCUCGGACGUCGCUUUGUCAGCGCGUGGGCAAUGCAAGCCAUGUUGCGUGGAGGGUUGCGCCUGCCCCGUUGGUCAGGUAUUGGACAGCAACAAUGUUUGUGUGCCAGUGGGCUUAUGUCCCUGCUUCCAUAAGGGUAUGCAGUUCGAUUCCGGAUACAAAGAAGUCAGAGCUGGACGCAGGGAGAGGGAACUUUGCACUUGCGUCGGCGCUCGCUGGGAAUGCGUACCAGCCACUCCCUAUGACAUACAGAACUACCCUCCAGCAGAAGAUCUUCGCAGCAACUGCAGUGCUGCCAACCACAUGGAGUUCACUACUUGUGAGGUCGCCGAGCCGCUCACUUGCAAGAAUAUGCACCUACCGCCAUCAACAACCACCAAAGAAUGUCGGCCAGGCUGCCAAUGCAAGAAGGGUUAUGUGUUAGACGCGAGCAGCAACAAGUGCGUGCUGGCGACGGAGUGCCCCUGCCACCAUGGCGGCCGCAGCUUCCCUGACGGACAUGAGAUGCAGGAGGAAUGCAACACAUGUAAAUGCAUAAACGGUAACUGGGACUGCACCUCACUAAAGUGCCCAGGCAUCUGCUCCGCGUGGGGCGACUCGCAUGUGACAACCUUCGACGGCAAGGAGUACGAAUUUGAGGGAGUGUGCACGUAUCUGCUGGCUAAGGGCAGUGCUGAUGCGAGUGACGGCUUUGAAGUGCAAAUACAGAACGCCCCAUGCGGCACGACCGGCGCCACGUGCUCUAAGACGAUCACCCUGAAAGUUGGCAGCGGAAAGAACGAGGAAAUCGUCGAGCUUACCAAGGACGCACCUCUGCCCGACUUUUCAAAACUUGAGAGAAUAAAGCUGCGUAUCGCCGGUAUCUACGUGUUUUUGGACGUGCCGAGUUUAGGCAUGACCCUCCAGUGGGAUCGCGGCAUGCGUGUCUACGUUAAAAUCGACUCUAUGUGGCGAAAUAGAGUGAAGGGUCUGUGCGGCAACUACAACUCUGAUUCGCGCGAUGACUUCCAAAAGCCGGAGGGUGGCAUCGCCGAGUCAUCUGUCCUGAUCUUCGCUGACUCUUGGAAGCUGAAACCAACUUGCCCCAAGCCUGUAGAAGUCGAGGACCACUGCCGCCAACGUCCCGAACGCAAAGACUGGGCCACCAGCUCCUGCGGCGCGCUCAAACGCCACCCCUUCACGCUCUGCCACUCCGAGGUCCCCCCCACCCCCUUCAUCGAGCAGUGCGAGCGAGACGCCUGCGCUUGUGACUCUGGGGAUGAUUGUACCUGUGUGUGUACUGCGUUAGCGGCUUAUGCACAUCGGUGUGCGAAUAGAGGAGUUGUUUUCAAGUGGAGGACGAAAGAUAGAUGCCCAAUACAAUGCGACGAAACUUGUGCCACCUACGACCCGUGCAUAUCGCCGUGUCCCGAGGAAACCUGCGAGAACACUUACUACUACAAGGAAAUACUGCCUAUAUGCCAACGAGAUACUUGUGUCGAAGGUUGCAAACCAAAGGCUGAAGAAAAGAAACAGUGUCCAGAGGGACAAAUUUCCUUCAACAUCACCUCAAACGAAUGCGUGUCCCGCGGCCGCUGCAAGCCCGUCUGCAUGACGUUGCCGGACGGUACACAGAUUUUGGAAGGCGAGGUGUUAGAACAAGACGCUUGUCAUACUUGUCGCUGUUCUAAGAAAGAAAGGAUUUGCACUGGUCAGCCUUGUUCUACAGAGGCGCCCACUGCCCCGCCAAUAGUGAUAACAACUCCUCACGACGAAGGCAUGAAGUGCGUCCCGGGCUGGACGCCCUGGAUCAACCGUGGGCCGCCAGAGACAACUGCCGAUGGACAUUCCGUCGAGAAGGAGCCUUUACCCAAGUUCAAUGAAAUGCAAAUUGGUCAGCCAAUGUGUGGGAAAAAGAACAUGACCCGCAUUAACUGUCGCACUACAGUGAACCACCAGACGCCCAAAGACACCGGAUUGAACGUAGAGUGCAGUUUAGAGAAGGGCCUGGUGUGCAAUGAGAUCGGGAACACGUGUCCGGACUUCGAGAUACAAGUGUGGUGUCAGUGCGAAGAGGAAGAUGAAAGAGGUCGCUCCCUCCCCGAAACCACGAAACCUCAAAACGAGGAAGAAGGAGGAGAAGUCUUCCAAUGCCUGAACUCCAAUCACCCGAACUACCCUCACCCGAGCGACUGCAAUAAGUUCUACGAGUGCACCCCAGACCUACUGAACCCUUCGAAACCCCACACGGUUCUCAAGUCAUGCGCUCCAGGGCUCAUGUAUAGUAAGAAGCUAAUGGUCUGUGAUUGGCCAGCUAGCGUCAUUGUGGAUAGGCCGGAAUGUGGUUCAGUCACAACGCCUACUACACCAGCCACCUCGACAACGCCGAGCCUCUGCCCUCCCGGACAGGUGUUCAAGAAGUGCGCGUACUCGUGCGACAGCCUCUGCGACCACUUCAAGAUGACCGUCGUCAAGAAAGGACAGUGCAAGUUUGGAGAGAAAUGCAUUGAAGGCUGCGUGGACCAGUCCGUAGCUAAUAUAAAAUGCGAGUUUUCUUCGCGCUGGCGUGACGAGAAGACGUGUGUGCCGCUCAAAGACUGCACCUGCGAUUAUGAAGGACAAGUCAUUAAGCCGGGUGGUGUAGUAGACGAGCAAUGCAAGAAGUGCCAAUGCCUCGACAACGCCCUCCACUGCGACAGCAGCGAGUGCGUGUCGGUGGCGCUGCCCCCCGGGCCCUCGCACCUGCCCAUGCUGUUCCCGCCGCCCGCCACGCGGCGUGUCACGGUCACUACGACGCCGGCGCCGUUGAUCGUGAGGACCACGGUGUCGCCGCCGCCUGAAUGUAGCCCGGAAAGAUACAAGAAUCUACUGUGGCAAGGGGAACCACUCGCCGCCUCAUCCUUCGUCGCCAGUUCGGUGGACAACGAGCAUUUCGCACCGCAAUACUCCAAGCUCAACGGUCAGGCCGAAGGGGAUUCUGGAGGAAGCUGGCUCGCAGCCGACCAAGACACAGACCAGUUCAUCCAAGUAGAACUGCCUACCGCCCAACCGAUAUACGGCGUGAUCAUGCAAGGCAGCCCGAUGUACGACCAGUACGUCACCAGCUAUGAGGUCAUGUAUGGCGAUGACGGACAUGUGUUCUCGUAUGUGGAGGGAACGAAGGGUGAUCGACAGGUAUUCCGCGGGCCAGUGGACCACGUCGGCGCAGUAAAGCAGAUGUUCACACCCCCGAUUGAAGCGAAGUUCGUCCGCAUCAGGCCUCUGACCUGGCACGACAAUAUCGCUGUACGCUUCGAGCUGAUCGGCUGCGGAGAAGUUACCACCACCACUACUACUACUGUUGCUACCACGCUCGAGCCUUUACAGUGCACGGAACCUCUCGGGCUAGCAGCUGACCUGCCGGUUGACAGCAUCGAAGUGAGCUCCAACAGCGAGGAUAGGAAGUACUUCACGUUGACGGGACAAAGAGGAUGGAGGCCGUUGUAUAGCACGCCUGGGGAGUGGAUCAUGUUCGACUUCACCGCCCCGCGCAACAUCACCGGCAUCAAGACCGCCGGCGGCGUCAAGGGCUGGGUGACGGCCUACAGCGUCAUGUACACGGCCGACUUGUCCACGUUCCACCCGGUGGUGGACGCGGCCGGCGCACCGGCCAUCUUCCCCGCCAACUUUGACAGGGAUAGCGUGGUAACCACGGAGUUCCGUCCGCCCAUACACGCGCGCUACCUCAAAGUGUUGCCGGCCAAGUGGAAGAAUAAUAUUGAGAUGAGAGUCGAGCCUAUUGGCUGCUUUGAACCGUACCCGACACCUACGACAACACUCGCUCCCCUGCAAUGCACGGAGCCCCUCGGUCUGGCGGCCGACCUCCCCGUCGAGAGCAUCGAAGUGAGCUCCAAGAGCGAAGAUAGAAAGUACUUUGCGCUGUCGGGGCAAAGAGGAUGGAAGCCUUUGUACAGCACGCCCGGCGAAUGGAUCAUGUUCGACUUCAGCGCCCCUCGCAACAUUACCGGCAUCACGACCGCCGGCGGGCCCAACGGCUGGGUCACCGCCUACACCGUCAUGUACACGUCCGACCUCAGCACGUUCACCCCAGUAGUGGACGACGCCGGCGCACCGAAACUGUUCCCCGCCAACUUCGACAGAGACAGUGUGGUGACCACGGAGUUCCGGCCGCCCAUACACGCGCGGUACUUGAAGGUGUUACCGGCCAAGUGGAAGGACAACAUUGAGAUGAGAGUCGAGCCCAUAGGAUGCUUUGAGCCUUAUCCGGUGCCUACAACCACCCUCGCGCCCCUUCAGUGCACGGAACCCCUCGGGCUGGCAGCUGACCUCCCCAUUGAGAGUAUCGAAGUGAGCUCCAAAAAUGAAGAUAGAAAGUACUUCGCGCUCUCGGGGCAAAGGGGGUGGCGGCCGUUAUACAGCACACCUGGCGAAUGGAUCAUGUUCGACUUCACUGCCCCGCGCAACAUAACUGGCGUCAAAACAAAAGGUGGUGUCAACGGCUGGGUGACAGCUUACACCAUUAUGUACACAUCGGACCUGUCCACCUUCAACCCAGUAGUGGACGAUACCGGUGCAACAAAGGUGUUCCCCGCCAACUUCGACAGGGACAGUGUGGUUACCACGGAGUUCCGGCCGCCCAUACACGCGCGGUACUUGAAGGUGUUACCGGCCAAGUGGAAGGACAACAUUGAGAUGAGAGUCGAACCUAUCGGCUGCUUUGAACCUUAUCCGGCAACAUCCCCCAAGCCCACGCUAUCACCUUUCAUCCCCACCACGGAAGCCUGCGUACUCUGUCCUGGAAUACAGUCAGCUUCUUGCGACUGCCACAAUGGAACUGCCAAGUAUUUCGACGGCGACGGCUGCGUGACUAGAGACCAGUGCCCGUGUGUGGAAGGCUUUAUGACGUACGCCGUUGGUUCCUCAUUCCGCGGCACCAAUUGCGAUGAAUGUGUGUGCAAACUUGGUGGCGUAACGGACUGUAAGCCUGUCAAGGAGUGCAAGUGUGCUUCGGACCUAGUCCCAAAACUGACAUCCACCUGCGAAUGUCUCUGCGAGCCCUGUCCUGUUGGAACCAAAAUCUGUCCAACUAGCAAGUUCUGUCUGGACAUUAAGAAGUGGUGUGAUAGUCUCCAAGAUUGCCCUGAUGAUGAGAGGGAUUGCUCCACCACCGCGCCAUGGGUGGUGACAACUGUGGAGCCUCCAGUGGUAACUACCAUUGUGCCGACGGUAGCUGCUACUUUACCUACCACUACAACCAUUAAACCUAUCGAAUGCGAAGAAGUGAAAUGCCCACCAGGCUACUUAGUCCGCCUGAUCGCCUCCCGCUACACCAGUUCAUCGACCUCCGAUCUACCUCCACCACGACCUCGUCAGUCUUACAGGCGAUACCAGACUGGCUACGCUAAGGGAGGGUCUAGAGGUGGAUACGCAAAGGGUGGAUAUGCGAAAGGAGGAUUUGCGAAAGGUGGAUUCACGAAAGGAGGAUAUGGUGGUGGCUCAUCACAAUCACAGAGCUUCACCCUUGACAAGGCGACCCUGCCAACGGCCGCCCCCAACACCACCAAAGAGUGCCAACAGUUCAGAUGCGUUCCGAAACUACCCCCCCUCCGCCCCGGCGUCACCCGCGCUCCUCAGAUCUGCUCCACCCCUGUGUGUCCGCCAGGGUACUCGCUGAGAUUGGAGGCUGUUGCUGUAGCCAAUGAAUGUCCACAAUACGGCUGCGUACCUCCUCCCGAGCGUCAAGUUUUCUGCAACGUCACUGGACGUACGUUCAACACCUUCGACGGCUCUGAGUACAAAUACGACAUCUGCUAUCACAUGCUGGCGCGGGAAACCACCUUCGGGGACUGGACUAUCAUCCUCCGCAAGAAAUGUCGUGUCGAUGGCUGCUCCAACCAUCUCCUAGUCAGCCAAGAUGACCAGCUCAUCCUCGUCAAGCCAAACCUCAUGAUAGAAUACGACAACUUCGAGUACACCGUGGAACAAACCAACGAGAUCUGCUUCCAGAAGAACAGCUUUGAUAUCAGCAAGUUGGGGAAUGGACUGGCGAUCAAGAGCAGGAAAUAUAACUUUGCGGUGCUGUAUAAUACGGAUGGGGAUGUCAAAGUUGGGGUUUACAAAUCCCACCUAAACCACGUAGACGGUCUCUGCGGUUUCUACGACGGCAUCGCCUCCAACGACCGUCGAAUGCCGAGCGGCGCGCAAGCGACCAGUGUGGACGAGUUUGGACGAAGCUGGGCCAAGCCUGGACUCUCGCCGAAGGCUUGUGAGACUAAAGUCAUCCCGCCUGAGAAGCAGAAGCGUGCCUGGGACUUGUGUGACGUCAUCACCAAAGAACCUCUCUCAAAAUGUGCAAAGGUCCUCAACCUGGACUUAUGGCGCAACAUCUGCCUGGAGAAGCUCUGCAAAUGCACAGAACUGAUGAUCGACGGCAGGCAACGUACUGAGGAGGAGUGCCGAUGUCUCCUGGUUGAGAAAAUGGUGGCGGAGUGCCUGGCAGCUGACAAGGACUUGGAUAUCGCGGCGUGGAGGAUGAAUUUGAACUGUCCCGCGGACUGCCCAGCCCCGCUCGUCCACUACGACUGCUACAGCAAGACUUGUGAGCCAACAUGCUCGACGAGCAGCAACCGCCAAACUUGCUCCACGCAGCCCGGACAAUGCUUCCCUGGCUGCUACUGCCCUGAAGGAAAACUGAGAAAGGGAGAUAAGUGUGUUACACCACAGGAGUGUUUGGACUGUAACUGCCAUGGUUUAGGCUUACCGGCUCAAUAUACCACGUUCGAGGGAGACGACAUGCCUUGUCUCGGUAACUGCACUUAUCUCGCUUCUAGAGAUAGGAACGAAACAGGACAGCAUAAGUACGAGGUUUACGCUACUAACGGACCUUGCGAAGGAAAAGCCAGCGCUACCUGCACCAAAUCAGUGCACGUCAUUUACGAAAAGAACGUGAUCCAUGUCACCAAGGAUCCUGUCACUAAGAAGCUGGUGACGAGCUUUGGCAGCAGUGUAAUAUUCAAGUACCCCGUGAAGAAGGACUGGGUGACCGUCAGCAUGAUCAACAAACAGGAUGUUAUUGUCAAACUGCAUGACGCGUUUAUGGAGCUAACGGUGCUGAACGCCAAGAUGGAGUUUGGCAUCCGCGUUCCUUCACACGUGUACGCGAACGCCACGGAGGGCCUGUGCGGUGUCUGCGCCGGCUACCAGGAGGCAUUAGUCACUAGCAAUGGGACUCUCACAGGAGACUUUGAACUAUACGGCAAGAGUUGGCAAGCCACCCCAACCGCCCUUUCUACCCUGGGCAUGUCACCACAAGACCAGUGCGACCAGCCACCGCCGCCAGAACCCGAGUGUGUACCGCCACCAGCCGACCAGAACGUCUGUUACAACCUGUUCGACAAGGAAAAGUUUGGACAGUGUCAUGCAUUAGUGGACCCACAGCCGUUCUUAGAAGCAUGCGAGAAGGACAUCUGCGAUAAUGCCACAGACCUAUGUUCGACACUGGAGAACUAUGCCAGCGCCUGUCGAAGACAGGGCGUUUGUCUCGACUGGAGAGGCACACUUUGUCCUAGUACUUGCCAAGCACCAUUCGUGUACCGUCCCUGCGUAGACUGUGAGAGGACCUGCGAGAACCACGAUGAGUUAGAAAAGGACCCCAUGAAAUGCGACAAGAAACCAAUGGAGGGCUGCUUCUGUCCAGAAGGAAAGGUUCGAGUAGAGAACAGCUGUAUAGAGCCACAGAAAUGUUUCCCUUGCGAUGCCAAUAAGGAACACUACGCGGGAGACGAGUGGCAAGAAGACGCAUGCAGCAAAUGCACAUGCAGCAAGCUGGAGGGCGAACGCGUCGCGCACGUGUCUUGCACGAAAAUGACGUGCUCCGUGCCCGUGUGCGCGCAAGGCGAAGAACUUCUCACUACACCUCGACCUGGCGCUUGCUGCCCGGAGUACUUGUGCGUACAAAAACCGCAAAAAUUGUGUGUAGAGCCUAAGAAGAUGGAAUGUGGAUAUGGCCAAAUACUUAAACAGAAGACCACGGCCAACGGAUGCAAGGAAUUUGCCUGUGAAUGUAAGCCGGCCAGCGAAUGCGAGCACAUCCCAACCGACAGCGAGGUCGAGAUUAUGCCGGGCAUGCAACGAAUCAUCGACAAUUCUGGCUGUUGUCCGAGAGCACAACUGCUGUGUCGUCCGGACACGUGCCCCACGCCUAUAACGUGUCCACCUCAUCACACACGUCGUGUCGUCAAUGUGACGGGUGGUUGCUGUCCAGAUUAUAAAUGCGAAUUGCCCGCGGACAAAUGCUUGGUGACUCUAGAGUGGGAGGCAGCGCCCAAAGGCGGAGAAAAAGCACGUUCUACACCUCAAACUAUGCUGAAGGAUCUGGACUCGGCCUGGCUCGACGGCCCGUGCCGCUCGUGCCGCUGCGAGGCGUCCCCCGCGGGCCCCGCGCCGCGCUGCGCCGUGACGGAGUGCCCCGCGCUGGGCGCCGGCGAGCAGUUCGUGCUGGAGCCGCGCCCGGUGCCGUUCGCGUGCUGCCCCGUGGCCGCGCAGGUGGCGUGUCGCGCCGGCGACACCGUGUACAGAGUGGGUGAAAAUUGGACCAACCCGCACGACGUGUGUGAAUCUUAUCAAUGUGUACAAGUGGAGGACGGGAAGUUAGAGAAGGUCACUACCGUGCAGACCUGCCCUACUGAUUGCGAACCGGGUUGGAAGUACUUCCCCGCCGAACCCUCAAGCGGGCAGUGUUGUGGCAAAUGCAAGCCAGUAGCUUGUGUUUGUACUGGAGUUGAAAGGCCUAUUGGUACGACGUGGCAGUCACCGGACCUGUGUACUAACUAUACUUGUGUGUUGGAUGACGGCAACCUGCAAGUCCAAACGUCAAACGAGACCUGCCCAGAAGUACCCGUGGCCUUGAGGAAGCAGUUCGUGUUGAAAGAGGAAAAACCGGCGGGCAAGUGCUGCAAGACACAGGAGCCUGUUGCUUGCCGCGUAGGAAAUGACAUUUAUCAGGAGGGUCAAACAUGGCAGUCCCCAGACCCGUGCAAGAACUUCACUUGCGCACGCGACGGCACCGGCCGACUGGCGCACUCACCCAAUGUAGAGACUUGCACGACAACUUGCAAGCGAGGCUGGAAGUACGUGAAGCCAGUGCCUGGUCUCUGUUGUGGACAUUGCAAACAGGAGCAGUGUGUGGUGGAGGACGAGCUGAAAGAUGCAGGUUCAAUCUGGAAAUCCGCGGACAACUGCACGACGUACACGUGCGAGCGCAGCGGCGAGGACCUGCUGCUGACGUCAUCGCGCGCGCCGUGCCCCGACGUGGCGGCGUGCGCGCCCGCGGACCUCGUGCGCGGGGCCUGCUGCGCGCUGUGCCGGGAGAAACCCGCUGCCCUUAAAACAUGCUACCCCGAGGAAAUACCACAAUCAGAGACAGUGGGCCUGAUCCGCGUGAAUCUACGACCCCAUGGCGUCUGCGUGAACGCUGCUCCCGUACCAGGCUUCCGAGAAUGCCGUGGGUCAUGCCAAUCCGGAACACUUUACAACAAUCAGACGGGCAGCCACGACUCCCGGUGCGAAUGUUGCCAGGCGACUAAAUAUACGAAAGUGACCGCGGCGCUGGCCUGCGAGGACGGCAGCACGCGGCCGCACGUGGUGGCGUCGCCGCUGCGGUGCGGCUGCCGCGCCUGCGGGGCCACUGUCUCUAACUACCCUACUAACACCGGGUAUGGAGUCAAAAACGGAGUAAAAACGACGCAGAAACGCGAAGAGUAUGACUACGAUAUCCCAGAGAUCUACGCGAGAAUGGCGCCCGAAUCUCGCAGAUAGAACAGAGAAUCACACGAGAAUUGUCAGAGUACCAUCCGAGAAUUAUCUAAUCAGGAAUGGGAAAAGAUAGACGAAGUUUUUAAUAACAAUUUAUAUUUAAGAGACAGAUAUUGAUCACAUGUAUUUUUGUAAAUAAAACAUUUAAUUUUAAA